AAAGAUAGAGAAUCUGCCGGCCAGGAGUCCGUUGCACUAUGUGGCGAGUUCCGACGAACCUGCCUAAAUGUUUGGCGAGAACCCACGUAGCUGUUGCGGUCAAGCGCAAUAUUAGGACAAGUAAAGUUUUACAAUCACAAGAUGUCAAUUCAGCUGGUGGUGGAGGAGGAGGAAUAUUAAAAAAACUAAUUGCACUAACUUUUGCUGGGGCUGGUGGUGUGGUUGGGUACAGUUGGUACGACCCCGAAUUCAAAAAGUUGGUUGAAGAAAAUGUACCUUAUGCAAAAGAAUGUUACGAUGCUGUUUUUCAGUACCUACCUGAAUCGGCGUCGACUAUUGAAGAUGCUGUUAAAAGGUUACCGAUAAAAACUACUGAAAUAACAACAGUGCCACCACCUGUACAGGCACCUAUACAAGAAGAUAGUAAACCAGAAGUAAAAGCUGAAGAAAAAGUGAAAACGAAAAAAGAGAGAGAGAAGGAGAAGAAAGAGGAGGCUGAGAAGUUGCUGAAACUUCGAGAGGAAAAUGAAAUCAAUCAAAACAAAGCGCUGGAAGCCCUGUUAAUGAGAACAUUUACUGAGUCAGCUAGCGUCAUGGAGGCAGCUAUGAAAUCAGCUCAUUCAGCUGCUGAAGCUGUCAAAGAGCACACAGUUAAGCUGAAGGAAGCUCUUCAGAAAGUAGAUGCAAAGGAGGGUGAAUGGGAAGCCGUGACCAGGGCACACGAUGCAAAGGUCAAGGCCAUGCAACAUUUUGAAGAGGUCAACGAAAAGGCCAAACAGGAGCUAGCCAAACUACGUGAGGUGAUUUCAACUGGCAAAAGCAACAAAGUGACCAAGAAGAAUAAGCUGCUGUGGUCAACUGAAGAUGAAGCCAACAAACUGAAUAGAAGUUUCAACACUGCACUUAACGAGGUCUCAAAAGCGGAGGCAGACUCCAAAGUUUUCAAAGAGUACAGAGACCUGAUAAAGAAAGGAAAGGAACAGUUUAAGAAGGAGCUGGAAUCAAUCAUGCCUGAUGUCAAAAAAGCAACUACAUCAGUAGCCAAGUUGACGGAAGAUGAAUUGAACGCCCUGAUAGCACACGCACACAAGAGAAUCGACCAACUUCAGAGGCAGCUGGCCGAGCAGCAGGCUCUGGAACAGCUGCGAAUCAACGAGGCACUCUCCAGGCAGCGAGAGGAGGAUGCCGCCAUCCUGCUGGUCUCCAUCAAUAAAGAGAAGGAGCUGUGGGAUAAUGAGAUCAAUCUCAUCAAAGCUAAAUGGGACAUAGAUGCCCGAGUGAACUUUGAGGAAGAGUUGAAGUUGCAGUUAACGAGGCAAGCAGCGGCUCACAGCGACCACAUCAGUGAAGUCUUGAGAGCUCAACAGAGGGAGUUGGAAGCCAAGUUCUCUCUGAUGCUCAGUGAACAUGUGGAGAAUGAAAGGAGAGAGUUUCAGAGGCAGGUGGCUGGCUGGGUGGCCAGACUGCAUGGCAUCGAAGAUGCUAUUGAUAAAAGAGCCUCUCUCGAGAAGCAAGGUCACCAGGUUCAAAAACUGUGGCUGGCUUGUGAGUCCCUACAAACUGUCCUCAACACUGGCAAACUCGGUGCCACAUCCUGGGAAGGUCGCCUGAAACCCCUGGCGGCAGAUGUUGAACUUAUCCGGUCAGCAUCAACCGGCCAACCAGCUGUUGAGAUCAUCCUGGACAGCAUCCCCGAGGUAGCUCUCAACAGGGGAGUGUGGACGGAAGCUGCCCUCAUUGAGAGGUUCAAAAGAGUCUGCAAGAUCAGCAAGCGAGUGGCAAUGAUUGACGAGACUACUGGCGUCAGUGGCAGUUUGUUCAAGUACGGACUGUCCUACCUGCAGUCCAUGUUUGUAGUUACUGGGGUCGGCAGGAUAUACGAUAGUUCCGAUCUGGAAAUCGACCCCGACGAAAUCAAGGACACUUUUGUUCUGCUGGAUAAUGCACAGGCAUGUCUAGACAGAGGUGAUUUCGCCCAAGCAGUUCGUUUCGUCAACCACCUGUCCGGUGAAGCAAAAACGGCAGCUUCUGAUUGGCUGGCCGAAGCGCGGUUGCUGUUGGAAACUAAGCAAGCAGCUGUCGCUCUCCUCGCAACUGCUUCAGCUGCUGGGUUCACUUCGAUUGCUGGCUGCACGUGAUUGGAUAAGUGAUUUUAAAAGGAAUUGACGGCGCUGAUUACUGAUGUAAUGCUUGAAUUGGAGGCUGCCUGCUAGAUGUUUGCUGUUUUUUUUGGUUGUCGGUAGGUGCAAGAAAGUUUUUUUUUCAUUUCAUUUCACUUGCACUACGAACUGUGAUUGCACUGUUGAAUGAAGGCUGGCUGGCUGGCUGUGUAUGAACUUUUCAUGAUUGUGAUCAGCAUUUCUGUUAAUAUUAUUAUUAUUUCUCAUUGCUAUUUUUAUUAUUGUUAAUAUUAUUUUUUUGUUAUUAUUUGGUUAAUAAUAUUCAUUCAUUUCAAUUAUUGUUGUUAGUUAAAAUAUAUAUUUUUACAUAUAUUUUUUGUUUUACAUCAAAUUUAAUCCAAUGCCCUUAGCUUCGUAAAGAUAAUUUUCCCAUUAUUAGAAAUGUAGUAGUUACUACUAUUACUUCUACCUACUACUUUUACUACUACUACUACUACUACUACUACUACUACUACUACUACUACUAUUACUACUAUUAUUGCUGCUACUGCUACUACUAUAAUAUUCACUAUGAUAACAUCAUUAUCAUCAUCGCUUUUGAUAAUUCUGAUGAUGAUGGUGAUAAUUGUGAUGAUGUUUGUGAUGGUGAUGAUGACCUGUUAUAUAUAUUAUUUAUUUAUAACUCAUGAGAAAGCUUCUAGAAUGGUUUGUUAUUGAGAUUUCUAGGUUAGGUUUUUUUUGUUUCGUCAAUUAAUAAUAAUAAUUAUUAUUAUUGUUUGUUUUUUUGUUAUGGCUGACUUAUUUAUUCAUAAUAUAAUACUUUAAUUUAUAAUAAUAUAAAUAUUGCUAUUAUUAAUGAAUUAUUAUUAAAUUAUUAUUUUAGUAAUAAAAUUGUUACAUCUUCCCUUUAAGAACGCUUCGAAAUAGAAAGUGUUAGAAAACAUUAAAAUUCCUGUUUACUUAGGCGUACAUAAAUUGUUUCAAUUGAUCGAGUUUAUCAAUGUACCGAUGAAUUCAAUACUGAAAUUGUAACAUAUUUCGUUUUUGGCGAAGUGAAAAUAAAAUAAUACUUUCGUUAAAUUC